CGGUAGGCUGCAGAUUUUUUUUAGUUUGAAGAUGGCUAUGCGAGUGUUAGUGGGGUGUAAACGAGUAAUUGAUUAUGCAGUUAAAAUUCGGGUGAAACCCGAUAAGACAGGAGUGGUUACAGAAGGAGUGAAACACAGCCUUAAUCCGUUUGAUGAAAUAGCAGUGGAGGAAGCUGUAAGGUUGAAAGAGAAGAAGCUAGCAAGUGAAGUGAUAGCAGUGUCAUGUGGUCCACCACCAUGCCAGGAAACCCUAAGAACUGCUCUUGCUAUGGGUGUGGAUCGGGGCAUACACGUGGAAAUAGGUGGGAAGGACUACGAAACACUUCAACCUAUCCACGUUUCCAAAAUUCUUGCCAAGUUGGCUCAGGAAGAAAAAGUUGACCUCAUAAUAUUAGGAAAACAGGCAAUUGAUGAUGAUGCAAAUCAGACAGCUCAAAUGACAGCUGCUGUUCUUGACUGGCCUCAGGGAGUUUUUGCAUCAAAAAUUGAAAAAAUGGAUGGAACUUUAAAAAUUCAGCGUGAGGUUGAUGGAGGUGUCGAAUACGUUGAAGCCAAACUACCUGCUGUAAUUAGUUCUGAUCUACGUCUUAACGAACCACGUUAUGCAACUUUACCCAAUAUCAUGAAAGCUAAGAAGAAGCAAAUAGCCAAAAAAAGCAUCUCUGAUUUAGGAGUAGAUAUCACUCCAAGAGUCGAGGUAUUAACGGUAGAAGAUCCACCCGUCCGAGAAGCCGGAGCCAAAGUGGAGUCUGUGGAAGAACUGCUCACGAAACUUAAAGAUUUAGGCCGAAUUUAGUAAACGUUUGUCGUAAAGCAUUUAUGUGAACUCUC